CCUUCCAUUUCUCUAUAGCCAAGCCAUAGCCAGACAUCCAAUCUAGCAACCUACCUGAAGCAAGCAAGCAAGCAAACGAGUGCACAGCGAGAUCGAUCAAACAGUGCGCGGCGCAGACCGACUAGUUGAGUGAUUCAUAUCGAGCGAGAUCCACCAUGGCGCUGUCGGAGCUGCAGGCGCGGGCGCGGUUCGUGCAGUCGGCGGCGGCGAGCGCGGGUGUGCACCUCCACUUCGACGAGGAGCGGUGGCUGAGCCGGGUGCGGCGGACCCUGGAGCGGGACACCGCCGAGGCGCUGGGCGCGGCGGCGAAGGUGCUGGAAGUGCCGCCGGUGCUGCGGGCGACGCGGCCCGAGGCCUACCUGCCGCAUCACUUUGCGCUGGGGCCCUACCACUGCGACCGCCCCGAGCUCAGAGACAUGGAGCGCUACAAGCUUGCGGCCGCCAAGCGCGCCGAGAGGCUCUUCGCCGAGGGCCACAAGCUGGACCACCUCGUCCAGUGCCUGCUCCAGGAACAGGACAAGAUCCGGGCGCCAUACCACAGGUUCCUGGAGCUGAGUGACCAGACGCUGGCGUGGAUGAUGGCCAUCGACACGUGCUUCCUCCUCGACUUCCUCGAGAGCUACGACCACCGCCACGAGGCCACCGCCGGCAUGGUGUCCUCGGCGACCCACUGGAUCGACGCCACCGUGCGCGACGCCAUGAUGCUGGAGAACCAGAUCCCGCUCUUCCUCUUCUCCCAGGCCCUGGCGCUCCGCCACCCCAAUGCCGCCGCCGACGCGCUGCACGCCGUGCUCGGCCGCUUCAUCAAGGAGGUGUCUCCCAUCAAGACCACCGCCGAGCUGGCCGUCGCCGACGUCGCCAGGCACGCGCACAUGCUCGAGCUCCUCUACCACUUCCUCGUCCCCGGUUUCGACGGGGACGAUGGCGCCCGGGAGCCGCCGCCGAUGGUGCCCGAGGAGUUCGUCACCAUCGACAUGCUCGACCCGUCGCAGCAGCAGCAGCAGCUGCCCGACUACGACAAGGUGAAGCAGGCGUGCAUGCAGGUGUCCGGCCUCGACGUGGCGCCCGUCCGGUUCAUCAAGAAGAACCUCAUCUCCCGGCCGAUGCGCGUGGCAUCGAGCCUCCCGGGGAAGAUCACACGCAAGGUGCCGCUGCUGGCCGCAGUGGCGCCGCUGGUGACCAAGCUGAUGGCGUCAUCGUCCACUGACGGCGACGCGGAGGCGCGGCUCAAGGGCGUCGACCUGGGGAGCAUCAUCAGCUCGGCGCUGGCGCAGGAGAUCACGAUCCCGUCGGUGUCCACUCUGGCGCGCUGGGGCGUCCGGUUCGCGCCGGCGCCCGAGGGCAUCGCGGGGAUCUGCUUCGACGCCGCGACGGCCACGCUGCGCCUGCCCGUCGUCACGCUGGACGGCAACACGGAGGUGGUCCUGCGCAACCUGGUGGCCUACGAGGCGGUGGCCGUGCGCGGGCCCCUGGUGCUGGCGCGCUACACGGAGCUGAUGAACGGCAUCGUCGACACGCCCAAGGACGUGAAGAUCCUGCGGCAGAGCGGCGUGGUGGUCAACCAUCUCAAGAGCGACAAGGAGGCCGCCGACCUGUGGAACGGGAUGUGCCGGGCGACGCGGCUCUGCAAGGUGCCCCGGCUAGACGCCGCGAUACGGGCGGUCAACGCGCACCGGAGCCGGCGGGCGGCGUCGCGGGCGCGGAAACUGCUCAAGAAGUACGUGUUCCGGUCGUGGCGGAUCCUGACGCUGCUCGCCGCUCUCGUGCUGCUGCUCAUGACGGCGACGCAGACCUUCUGCUCCGUGUACCCCUGUACCCGAUCUUUAGGAUCUGUGUUCCAGACCCCGCAAGUCGGAGGAACCCGCAGGUGAUUUUAGUGUUCAGCAAAUGAAUAAUAGUGAGCUGGUGGCUCAAAGCUUGCCUGCGAAUGCGUUUGGAGUCAUUUUUUUUAGGUUUCCUUAUUUUCUACCGUCUUUUUCUAGUGUUGUAGAUAGAAUAAUGGCAAAGUUGUACUCCAUCCUAAAACAGUUGGUGCUUUAGGAUUCAAGUUUUGUUGCAAAAUAGUUGUCAUUCUCACUUCCCAAACAUUUCUCUUCCCCUAGUA